CAAUGCAUUCCAACCUUCGAGGCUCGUCGGCGCCCAGCUCCCCAACGUGCGAGCUCAACGCCCCCCCGAUGCUCUGCAACCAAAACGCCAACCUCAACAAUCCACAGAAUAUGAACCUCAAUGCAAGACUCAACUCCAACCAGCACGCUUUCUUUCCUUCCUCCCCAGGCACAAUCCCAAUUUCUCCGUCCUCCAGCGCUCCGGAGUCUCCCACGCCCCCGUCAUCCCCUGUCUUAUUGGCCGACGAUUGUGCCAUCUGUUACGAGAACGCGGUGGACACCGUCCUGUACGCCUGCGGACACAUGUGUCUGUGCUACACCUGCGGCCUCAAGCACAAGAUGACCAACGCAACCUGCCCGAUCUGCAGGAGGACAAUCAAAGAUAUUAUCAAGAUCUACCGAAACCCGUAAACUCGGGGUUUAUUUUAGACAAAGUCCAGCCUCGCAAAAGCUUUUAUUAAAGCCAUGAAAAGUAAAAGGAAGUGA